AUGACGAGGAGAAAGGACGGGAGAGGCUCCGAUAAUGACCUGCAAAGGGCGUUGGCUCCGUCACACCUCAUCGCCGAAACCGCGCAGCGGACCUACAGUGGGAAGCUGCAGCGCGGCUGGGUCAAUAUGCACGAUCGGCGGCCCCACUCAGGGCAAAACGGCCCUGGGACAAGGCCAAGCGGGGCAGAUACUGAAUCAGAGGCUCAGGACUCUGAGGAGCCUACACUCAAGGAUGUCAUGCAGGCAAUUACCAAGUGUGGAAAGUCGCUGAAGGCGCUGACAAUGCAAGUGGGGGCCAUAAAAGAAGAUAGGGGAAAAUAUAGCUGUGAAAAACAGUUGUUCUUGAGCAGACCAGAAUUUUCAAUUGCCCAGCAGAUGGUGCUCACAGACUUAACAACUGCCUGGGCAUCUUAUAUGCUGUGGAUUGUGGGAUGCAGUUUACUGUCCUAUUCUCAGGGAUAUGUGAUUGUAAAUUCUGUGUCAUGGUCAGUCACCAAUGAGGUAGAAGAAGAAAUGGACAGCUCUUCCACUGAAGAUGCCUUACCAGCACUACUAGAAGACACAAUCAGCAUGUGGAAGCAGAGCUACCCAGCUUCAGCUUACAAGGAGCAAAGGGAGAUGAAGUCCAGGCCAGGGCCUGAUAUAUCCAAACAGAUGAUCUCACCAUCUAGGAUGUUCUCCUACAAGAGAGAGAGCAGCACAGUCACCCAGAGCCCUUCUUCUUUAGCUGCCCUCCAGCACAAGCUGCUAACAAAUGCCAGAAUAUUAGCCCACAAAAGCAAAUGGGGGACCCUGGCAACUCUUUCAACCCAGGAGACUAUACAUGGAGUGCCUUUUGGGCAAGUUCUCUUAACCAGCGAUGGCCCUAUGGAUAACAGUACUGGAGUUCCAUACUUCUAUAUUACUCCAAAGUCAAGCUUCAUUACAGAUUUGAUAAAGAAUCCAAUUGUAUCUUUCACAUUUGCAGAUCCAGAUGGAGAUAUUUGCAGAGAGACUGUCACAGACCCACAGGAUCCACAAUGCGCUGCAUUAACACUCAUAGGCCAAAUGGUGAAUGUACCACCAGAGGGAACAGACUUUGCCAAGAAAGCUCUAUAUUCCAGGCAUCCUGUUAUGAAAAAGUGGUCUCAGAGUUACAGCUGCCUUCUCAUGAAGAUGACCAUAGAUCACAUCUAUGUGACAGACUGCUCAGGAGGGGUGUACAGCCUCCCACUGGAAGAUUAUUACAAAGUGAAUGCAAAAUAAGAGGGACGGUUCUUCACUGUUACAUAGCAUGACCCUACACUUGACAACAGUUUAUGAAAUUUCAACAAAAAGACUGACAUUUACCUACUUGCCAACAGUGUCAUUGCA